AUGGCCACAACAAUCAACCAUUUGGAUUCCCAGAACCAAGGGAAGCUGCCAUCUCAACCUGAGUUGAACCCGAAGAAUGUGAGCGCCAUGACUCUGAGGAGCGGGAAGGAAAUUCAGGGGCCUGAACCUGUGAUCCCUAAGGAUAAGGAUGAGGAAAAGAUCGAAAAUGAGCUUGAAAGGGGGGACAGCAAUGGUGCAGACCCAAAGGUACUUCCUGACCCAGUAAUUACAGCUAAAACUAACCUGCCUCCUUUCCCUAGCAGGUUGAAAAAAUCGAAGAAGCAGGAUAAGGAAAAGGCGAUUUUGGAGGUUUUUCGCAAGGUUGAGAUAAACAUCCCCCUCUUAGACGCAAUCAAACAAGUACCAAAAUAUGCCAAAUUCCUAAGGGACUUGUGUGUCAACCGAAGGCGAUUGAGGGGAGAUGAACGGGUUAUUGUUGGGGAGAAUGUGUCAGCGGUCCUGCAGAGAAAGUUUCCACCCAAGUGCGGGGACCCAGCUGAUUUUUAUGUACUUGAUAUGGAUGAUGAUCACUCCCCUGAUCCCUCACCGUUGUUAUUGGGUAGACCCUUUAUGAGCACAGCACAGACAAAAAUUGAUGUUAAUAAGGGUACCUUAUCCAUGGAAUUUGAUGGGAAAAUUGUGCACUUUAAUAUCUUUGAUACUAUGAAAUAUCCCUCAAACUCCAACUUUAGCUCAGUUUUUUCUGUGAGUGCUAUUGACCCUGCGGUGCAGGAAGUAUUUGAAACUGUUGGCAGGGAUGAGUUGGAGAGGGUAUUGCCAUCUGUGGUGCAGGCACCUGUACUGGAGUUGAAACCUCUACCAGAGCACCUGAAAUAUGCAUAUCUGGGUGAUAAUGAGACACUCCCGGUGAUUAUCUCAUCGGCACUGUCAAAAACCCAGGAGGAGAAACUGAUCCGGGUCCUUAGAGAGCAUAAAGAGGCGAUAGGUUGGACAAUUGCUGACAUUAAGGGAAUCAGCCCGGCCAUCUGUAUGCACCGGAUUAGACUAGAAGAGGAUGUCAAACCUGUUAGGCAGGCUCAAAGGAGGCUUAAUCCCCUCAUGAUGGAAGUUGUAAAGAAAGAGAUUUUAAAAUUGCUAGAUGUGGGGAUCAUCUUUGCAAUAUCUGAUAGCCCUUGGGGCAUCGAGGUUGACAAGGCUAAAAUAGACGUUAUUUCUGCAUUACCUUACCCCGCAAAUGUGCGGGAGGUGCGUUCUUUUCUUGGGCAUGCAGGUUUUUAUCGAAAGUUCAUCAAGGAUUUUUCAAAAAUUGGGGCCCCAUUGUUCCAACUCUUGCAAAAGGAUGUAGCCUUCGAGUUUAAUGACAAGUGUGAGAGAGCCUUUGACAAGCUGAAGGAAUUGUUGACUUCACCCCCAAUCAUCCAGCCCCCCGAUUGGAGUUUGCCAUUUGAAAUCAUGUGCGAUGCCAGUGAUCAUGCUGUUAGGGCUGUACUGGGGCAAAGAGUAGGAAAGGCGGCUCAUGUCAUCUAUUACGCAUCCCGGGCCUUGAAUGGAGCCCAGUUGAAUUAUUCCACCACUGAGAAGGAGUUUCUUGCGGUUAUUUUUGCUUUAGAAAAAUUCAGGUCAUAUUUGUUAGGAGCUAAAGUAAUUGUAUUUUCUGAUCAUGCAGCGUUAAGGUACCUAAUGACCAAGAAGGAUGCCAAACCGAGACUCAUCAGGUGGAUAUUGCUACUACAGGAAUUUGACCUUGAGAUAAGGGACAAAAAAGGCUCAGAAAAUCUAGUAGCAGACCAUUUGAGUCGCAUACCAGUUGGGGAGGACAAUGAGCCAUUGAAGGAUGCAUUCCCUGAAGAGCAUUUAUUUUCCUUGCAUUCUCAAUUGCCUUGGUAUGCUGACCUGGUCAAUUAUUUGGUAACUGGUAAUUUUCCUGCAGGUUGGCCAAAAUCGAAGAGGGAUAAAUUGAAGAGCGACGCCAAGUAUUUUAUCUGGGAUGACCCGUACCUGUGGAAGAGGUGUGCAGAUCAGGUAAUGAGGAGAUGUGUAAGUGAAAUGGAAUUCCAAUCGAUUCUAGCUUUUUGUCAUACUUUUGCCUGUGGAGGUCAUUUUGGACCCAAGAGGACUGCUCAUAAGAUUUUAGAAAGUGGAUUUUAUUGGCUUUCAUUGUUUAAGGAUGCCUAUGUAUUUUUUGAUUAUGUGUCCAAAUGGGUGGAGGCUAAGGCCACUCGGACUAAUGACUCGAAGGUAGUUGCAGAUUUUAUUAGGUCUAAUAUUUUUGUACGAUUUGGAAUGCCAAAAGCCAUUGUCAGUGAUAGGGGGACGCACUUCUGCAACAAAACCAUAGCUGCGUUGUUUCGCAAGUAUGGUGUACUCCACAGGGUCUCGACAUCGUACCACCCUCAGACCAAUGGUCAAGCGGAGGUAUCAAACCGGGAGAUUAAGUCCAUUCUGGAGAAAAUGGUGCGCCCCGAUAGGAAAGAUUGGAGUUCAAGGUUGGAAGAUGCUUUGUGGGCAUAUAGGACCGCUUACAAGACGCCUAUAGGGAUGUCUCCCUAUAGGUUAGUAUUUGGUAAGCCUUGCUAUCUUCCAGUGGAGUUCGAGCACAAGGCUUUUUGGGCGAUAAAGCAAUGCAACAUGAACCUAGAAGAGGCCGGUGCCCGACGGAAAUUGGAUUUACAGGAGUUGGAGGAGAUUCGCAAUGAGGCCUAUGAGAAUGCGGUAAUUUAUAAGGAGAAAAAUAAGAUUUUUCAUGACCAACAGAUCUCGAGGAGGACAUUCGAGUGUGGGCAAAAAGUUCUCCUGUACCACUCCAAAUUGAAGUUAUUUCCAAUAGAGAUCCAAAGUUUGAAGACUGAGAAGAAAUUUGUAGUGAAUGGUCAUCGUCUCAAGCCGUAUUAUGAAGGGGUUCCAAUUGAACGGGUGGAGAUGGAUGUAGCCUUCGACUUUGAUGACAAGUGUGGGAGAGCCUUCGACAAGUUGAAGGAAUUGUUGAUCUCACCUCCAAUCAUCCAGCCCCCUGACUGGAAUUUACCAUUUGAGAUUAUGUGUGAUGCCAGUGACCAUGCUGUAGGGGCUGUGCUAGGGCAAAGAGUGGGAAAGGCACCUCACGUCAUCUACUAUGCGUCCCGAGCGUUAAAUGGAGUCCAAUUGAAUUACUCCACCACUGAGAAGGAGCUUCUUGCAGUUAUUUUUGCUUUAGAAAAAUUCAGCAUUAAGGUACCUAAUGACCAAGAAGGAUGCCAAAUCGAGGCUCAUCAGGUGGAUAUUGCUACUACAGGAAUUUGA